AUGUCCAUCACCGAAGACAGAGCCAGCAAUGCUACCAAGAACACAUCAGCAACAACAGACAUUGAAGAAGGCAUCAAAACCCUUACAGAUCCGGAAAUCAAAGAUCUUCAGCAGACAGUAGACAAACCAGAGGAAGGUUCAAUUAUUGCCCCGGAUCAAUUCGAUAGUCGGUAUGAGACGAGCAGAAAGGAGAUAUGGUCGUAUUAUGCUUACUACAUUGGAAAUAAUGGCUUGACGUUAUUUAACUUCGCACCAACAGCAUUCCAAAACCUCCUCUACCAAGCCGCCGACUCCAACAGCCAACUCUACUUCGCCGGCAAACUGCGCACCAUCAACAGCAUCGUCCUGCUGUGCAACGGCAUCUCAUUCGCCAUCCAAAUCGUCGUUUUUCUCGUAAUCGGCUCUUUCGCAGAUUUCGGUACUUGGAGACCUAACAUUCUUAUCGGAUUGUCUCUUGUAGCUUGGGCGAUUGGGUUUGGAUGGUUGGGUGUUCAUGACGCAACGAAAUGGGAGGCUGCUACGGGGUUAUAUAUUGUUGGUUUGAUUGCAUACCAGACUACGCUGACUUUUUGGACGGCUGCGUUUCCGGGUUUGGCGAGGAAUACGGCUGAAAUGAAAGAGAAGGCGGAUCUGUUGGUUGCUGGCUUUAUCACCCGGGACGAAUAUGAUUUUGCGGAUACGAUGAAGAGGAGCCAAUUGUCCAAUAUUGCGUUUUAUAUUCAGUCCGUCGGGGAGAUCUUCAUUCUCGCUGUUAUUGUGGGUAUUAUGUUUGGUUUGGAUGUUAAUGCCAGCACAGCGAAUAAUAAUUGGGGUCUGAGUGUAUUGAUUGCCUUUGCGACAGGGGUGUGGUUGUUACUUGCUAUCCCUUGGUUUGUCUUUGAGAAGAGGAGACCUGGUCAAGAUCCUGCGCCGAGGAAUAUCUUCAUCGCUGGAUUGUGGCAGUUGUAUCAUGCGGGAAGACAGAUUUUACAAUUGAGGCAGAGUCUAAUAUACCUUAUUGGAUACUUCCUCCUCGGGGACUCCCUAAACACAACCGUCACCGUCAUCGGCACUUUACAAAACAGUAUCGUCGCCUACAACACCCUCCAACUAACCUACCUAUUAAUCGUCGGCAUUGCCGCACAGGCUAUCGGAAUCUACGCCUUCUGGUUCAUCCAACGCCACUACAACCUCACCACGAAAACAAUGUUCAACAUAAUCGCCCUGGCCAUCAUCCUCCUCGACGGCUGGGGCAUGAUCGGAAUCUGGACUACCAAUUUCGGCUUCCAUCACGAAUGGGAAGUAUGGCUCUACCAAGCCUAUUACGGCCUCUUCGUCUGCCCCUGGUACUCAUAUAGUCAAAUCAUGAUCUCUGAGGUCACUCCUCGCGGGAAAGAGUUCUUAUUUUUCUCGUUUUUUAGUAUUAUUGGCAAGACGUCGAGUUUUAUUGGACCUAUUGUCUCGAGUGCGAUUAUUGAUGCGACUCCCAGUGGGAAUGAGUCGACGCCGUUUUAUUUUUUGUUUGCGUUGAGUUUGUUGAGCUUUGUAGUUUUGUGGCUUUUUGUGGAUAUAAAGAAGAGUAGAAAGGAGCAGGAGGAGUUUUUGAUAUUGGAGGAGAGGAGAAGGGGUACUUCUUGA